CACUCAGUGUGUUGCGGUAAAGAUCUCCCGUUCUCUCUGCUUUAACUCUUUUGUUUUUCGUUUACAUAUAGUACAAAAUUCCUUUAGUUAUCAUCGGAUAAAUACAGGUGACAUUUUAAGCACUAAUCGUUACGGACAGUAACGUGUCAAAUAUUUAGCAGCGAGUUAUGUUAAUGCUGUAUGUGAAUAGGGGAGUGGUAUGUUUUUUUCUCUAUAUACAAUUUCUCUUUUAAAUCAGAAAUCAAUUGAUCUGCUAAAUUUUCUUCCUCCUCUGGCUCAGAUGUGGACUGAAGUGCGCACUAUUUUGCCCUCGACCAUGGACGAUUUUAUUAUUGAGUUCAGUGAAAAGAUUGAACCCAGUGUGUUGAAGGUUCUUGAACUGGCCAGAGAUCAGCUGUACAGCAGACCAGACUGUCCAUCUUCUGCUGAAACAGCUCAGAUUAUUAUAGAUUACUCAUGGGAAAAUCUUAACACGGGGACAUGGAGAGAUGUAGACAAGGAAUGGAGGCGGAUGUACAGUUAUGGCUGCCUCUUUAAAGUCUUAAGUUUAUGCAAUGGAGAUCCAUCUCAAGCCAAAGUCAAAGAGGCCAUAAAGACAUGUGAUAUGGGUUUGUUAAUGGGAGCAGCCAUCAUGGAUAACAUUUUGCAAAGACUUGUUUGUAUUUUAAAGAAUACUAUGAAACUGAAGAGUACCAAAGUUGAGAAGAGUGAAGAACCCUGUUCAAAGAAAAUGAAAUGGGAAUGUGUGUCCGAGCCCGUAAUAAACCCUGCACGAGCUGUACCUAGAAUUCAGUGUCCAUCUCUGGAGCGCUUUCGAUCAGAUUUCCUGGAUCCUCAAAAGCCUACCAUCAUAGAGGGAAUAAUUAACCACUGGCCAGCCUUCACAGAGCAUCCAUGGAGCAUAGACUACUUGCGAAGUGUCGCUGGCUGCCGGACGGUUCCCAUUGAAGUGGGAUCCAAGUACACAGAUGAAGAGUGGUCACAAAAGCUCAUUACAGUAAAUGAGUUUAUAGACGGCUACAUUUUAGGAACAGAGGAGAAAGGUGUGGGAUAUCUGGCUCAGCAUCAGUUGUUUGAUCAGAUUCCAGAGCUGAAAGAAGAUAUUCGUAUUCCUGACUAUUGUUGUCUUGGAGAGGGAGAAGAGGACGACAUAACAAUUAAUGCCUGGUUUGGGCCUGGGGGGACAGUGUCUCCUCUACAUCAGGAUCCACAACAAAACUUCUUGGCACAGGUGGUUGGAAGGAAAUACAUACGUCUCUACAGUCCAGAAGUAACAGAAAAUCUCUAUCCACAUGACUCUCAGCUACUGCACAACACCAGUCAGGUAGAGGUGGAGAAUCCAGACCUCGUGAAAUUCCCAGAGUUCCCUAAAGCAUCAUAUGAGGAGUGUGUGCUUCAGCCUGGAGAUGUCCUCUUCAUACCUGUCCAACAUUGGCAUUACGUGCGCUCUCUAGAGCUCAGCUUUUCUGUUAGCUUCUGGUGGUCUUGAUGUGUGUGUACAGAAUUAAACAA